AUGGCCACCGUCCAAUCUCUGGGGCUGCACCGGCCGGCCGGGCUCCAGCAUGCCAUUGACGAGCAACUGCUCCCUCCAGACGCGUCGGCCUCGUCCUACGCCUGGGAUGUCGUGACCGACGACGACAGGGAGGGCCCUGUGGAGGACGAACUGUUGACGACGGGCAACUGCGUCGUGUGGUGCCGCGGAGGCAUCUUCCGCAAGUCAUUCCGGUUCGAUCUUGAAAAGGAGUCCAUCACGCAAGCCCUCCUUACCUACUUCCCGACGUCUGAGGAUGAGGGCGGCAGCCGCAAGUCUUCCACGGCCCUCGAGAAGGGCUUGGUCGUCUUCCUCAAAACCCAGGCCCAUAUCUACAUGCUGUCAGGGACAAGCCACGUCGUCCACAUGCCUUUUGAAGUGGAAUCAGCCUGUGCCGCUCCCGUGGGUGUCAUCAUCCAGACGAAGCCAAAAGCCGAGAAUCUGGCGCCGAUAUCCCUAAAGUUCCCCCGAGUUCCCCCCAACUCCUUUGUGUCGUCCCAGUUGACUGCGUUCGGCGGCUCUCAGCAGACGGCCUUCUCGACGGAGGGCCUUGGAAAGCCAAAGGCGCUGCCGGUGGGACUCAACAUGACGCUGGAGAACAUGUGGGAUGCGCCCUUGGAGCAGCCAGAGUCACACUGGCCUCGGUUGGUGGCUCUCACAGAUCCGCUGUUGGACAUUGGGCUCGUGGUGACCGAUGCAGAGAAGCCAGCGUCAAAGGGCGGGAAGAGGGACAAGCCUAGAAAGGUGCAUGGCUUCCUCGAUCCUGCAGAGGAGCUGCUCUACGUGGAGAAGGUCGUCGUUCCCAGCACAUCUCCCGAGCGUCCCCAUGAACCACUGAUACUUGGUGUCACCAUCAACCGCGAGGCCAACACCUACACCAUAUGGCGCCUGUCAUAUCUGGAACACCAGGAUCACUUCAUCAAGCGCCACAAGAGUCCAAGUACAAAGGCGUCCCGUCGACGAAGCUCCAUGCAGCCUGGGUUCGCUAGUGGCGCAUCUACCCCCGUGCAGGCAAGUCACCGCGAUAGCUUCGGCGCUCCGCUUCCCGGCAAGCGGCCACGCAAGAGCGAAAGGGCCGAAAAGCCGUUGGACUUGGUUUCCACGCUGGAGAAGCAAGACAUGGAAACCACGGGAGUCGGGCGGAGGAGUUCGCACAGGCUCAGCUCAGUGCUUGCCCGCGCAGACCUUUCUGCCUCCUACGACAGAGCGAUGUUUCCAGACCAGUCAUCGGCCGGCGGUGUGUCCUCUAAACGACAUGACUCUCUCGGAAACCAUGGCCGUUCCAGUGCUUCCUUCGUCUACCAAGCCCAUCACAGCCUGGGUAGUCUCCUUGAAGCUCCAUUGGACGCUGGCCUAGAUGAGCGUAUCAAUAACAUACGGCUCGAUGACCAUGAGUUCGACGGGCUGCAGCAUGAAAUCCUCUUCAGCAAGAUCCACGUCAUCUUGAUAGAUAGUCCAACCGUUCGCUAUUCAGCAUCCGGUAGCAACUCGCGGGGCCAAACCAAAAUCUUCGUUCUUGCCGCGCCCCCUUUUGCGACGAAUGAUCAUCAGACUGGCCAGUUGCUGAUAGGCAUUCAAGAAGUAAUGGAGAAGCGCCUCCAGCUUGUUACCUUUUCUCUCAAGCUACAGCGAAAGUCGGAUGUUGUGGUGAGCUCCGGUAAAAGGGAGCCGUCAUCGAUGUUUACCGUCGCAGUACUACCGGGGGAAUUGCGGAGGGGAGAGAAUGUGGUCGACUCGUGUAAGAUCACGGAUGGAGGCCAAUCUGCUAUCCUUGUGUUGUCGGAAUCCAAGGAUGGACGGCAUGAGCUGAGCAUACAAGCACCGUGGAGCGAGAUGACCAAACUAUCUCUUUCUCUCCUUUUUGUAGACGACACGAAAAGUUUGCAAUUCCGAGGAAGAGCAGUCGACAGAGACGUCAGACAGCGGAAGAGCGAGAUUAUAGACCUCACCAAUGGCAGUAUCGUGGGCGUCUGUCAUUCCAGGCAUCGUGGGGUCGUCGAUGUGGUGGACACUCAAGGGCGCCUCCAUCAGCUAAAAAUUCAACUACGGCCAUCGUCCAGCUCUGUGUCUUCUAUUCUCAAUGUAUGCAGAAGCGUCUUGCCCGACUCGCUUGGAGAGCGCAUCCACACAGGGUGGCUUCACGUCAUGCAAUGGCUCUAUAGCCAAGGCAAAGCCGAGGCCAACGUAGAAUGGUCGGCCUUGACUAUUCUUCUCUUAUCGCUAUUCUUGAACCUUGAUCGGCCCGAGCUCCGAAAUCCUCCAUCAGAACGACUCACGGUUCGGAAACGAAGAAACCCAUCCGGCACAUUUGGGUCCAUCCGAGACUCUGAUGAUUGGAAGGCGCUUGAGAUGGGUGAGGCAGUCAACUCUCUUGGGUGCCCGGCGUGGAUGAUCAACCGCGGGUGGCAAUGGGUUCUUGACGAUGAUGUUGAGGAGACCUCAUCCCAAAGCAGCGCACCGGGCCUGGGCACAAAGUUCAUUUCCAGGCAUGUUGUCCUGGCCAAAGAAUACAUGGGAUCGACACUCGGUAUCAACGCCUUGGGGCCCUCCGGCUAUCUCCCAACGUCUCUAGGUCGGACCGCGGACUACAGACGAAAGGCUGCCGUUGACAUUUUCAUGGCUCUUCACUUGCUAUUGGAGGAGCAAAAGCUCGAUAUCAUGUCUGCCGAGUAUCUACCAUCUGGGCGAGCCGACUUUCGGGUGAUCUUAUGCCAAAUUGCUCGAUGGCUGAAGUGGCAUGACUUUGCAGCAAUCUAUGACCUGGGGAUACAGGAAGACCUCGACCCGCGUCACGAUCAAGAAUUGCGCCUAAAGCCAGCCAUCCCUGAACCGCCCGAAAGGCCGGAUAUACUCGAAUGGAUCCAGUCUCGGUUUUCGGGCAUUCGCAGCCAACAAUACCCCAUUCCAGCAGACAUAUUCUACGCCGCUACACAGCUACCCGAAUCUGAUAAACUGUUCGAUCGCCGCUGGGACUCCAUUCUUCCCCGAACUCUCACGUUCAGGCGCUUCUUCAGGCUUGUGCAGCCAAACGCUACAGCAGUGCAGAUGGUGGAGGCUAUGAAAGAAUGCGGCUUGACGAACCAUGUGCUCGACACCCUCCCAGAAGCUAUCUCAGUCCCUCUUCGAGAUGCUAUAGCACUCUGCCAACCUCACCCUCCCUCGUCCUGGCCAGAAGAGAUGCUGGAAUUUGUCAAGCGGACAGAUAUCAGCCUGGUUCUUACCUCAAACAAACGCCCGCGUCCUGCCGUGUCAAAUAUUUUGACGCCCACACACACUGCAAGCUGGGAAUUCAAGCUGCUCUGUGAGAGCGUUGAGCAGACAAAUAGCCAGGGCUAUGACGAAGGCGAAGGGACGGAGCGGCAGUCUGUGAUCCGCGCGCUCUUUAGGGAUGACCGUCGCCUUCAAGAAGCUCGAGACUUGUUGGCAACCCACAAGCCCAGGAUCGUGACCUUGCCCCAGGAUCCAGGUUUGCCGGAAAGUGAAUAUCUGGAGAAGCAGAAGGAGCUGGUUUCUAGGAUCGCCAACGGAACCUUGGCUAUUCCAGCGGGGCGGGGGCUUCUCUACUACAGUCUACGCUUCCCUCUCAUCACACAGAAGUUCCACAUUGGAGGUUUCAAUCUGAACUGCGUUGUCAAGCCCAACAAUGUCACUGUGGGCGUGGAUAAGACGCUCUUCACGGAGGAGAAGGUCUGCUGGGGUUUCUUUCAUCAAGGCGUCGCAGCGGGACUGGCAAUCUCGCCGUUGGCAAAGGGCAUUGAUACCUCGUGGAUCUUAUACAACAAACCAGGGCAGGAUCUGAGCAACCGGCAUGCUGGAUUCUUGCUCGCGCUUGGGUUGAAUGGACACCUCAAGGGCGUUGCGAAAUGGGUUGCUUUCAAAUACCUCACGCCAAAGCAUACGAUGACCUCGAUCGGCCUGCUGCUUGGCCUCGCCGCGUCGUAUAUGGGCACCAUGGACUCCCUGAUAACGCGCCUCCUCUCUGUCCACGCCACCCGCAUGCUGCCGCGGGGGGCGGCGGAGCUCAAUUUGUCACCCCUCACUCAAACUUCUGGCAUCAUGGGAAUCGGUCUCCUGUACUGUGGUAGCCAGCAUCGGCGUAUGAGCGAGAUCAUGCUCUCGGAGAUUGAGCAUGUUGACGACGAAGACGAAGAGGAGCCUCUGAGGAGCGAAUGCUACCGCCUUGCCGCCGGGUUUGCACUUGGCUUCAUCAAUCUUGGCAAAGGAAAUGAUCUCAAAGGCUUGCAAGACAUGCGCCUCACCGAGAAACUCAUUACGCAUGCCACCGCAACAAAGAACGUUGAGAUUGUGCAUGUUCUAGACCGGGCUUCAGCCGGCGCGGUCAUGGCCAUUGCACUCAUCUUUAUGAAGUCAGAAGAUCAAAUCGUGGCACGCAAAAUCGACAUUCCGGAGUCUGUGCUUCAGUUUGACUAUGUUCGCCCUGACAUUCUCCUUCUACGAACCAUGACACGAAAUCUCAUUCUGUGGUCUCAGAUCGAACCUACUUUUGGCUGGGUGCAGAAGAACCUUCCUGCGCCCUAUCGCUCACGUCACAAGCUGCAGAGCACGACCAAGCUGAGAUCGUCCGAUUUGCCCUUCUUCAGUAUUCUGACAGGCCUCUGCUUUGCCAUUGCUCUACGUUUCUCCGGAAGCGCCUCUCCCAAGGUACGGGAUCUACUCUUGCAUUACCUAGAUCAGUUCAUGCGCAUCACCGGGCUUCCUGCGACGCCUAGAAUGCACCCAGAUGCCGCUCCGCUCUAUGAUGAAGAACUGGCCAGAACCAAUGCUCGUAUGUGCCAGGACAUCCUCGCAGUCUCUUGCUCGAUUGUCAUGGCCGGCACAGGCGAUAUCCCUGUCCUCCGUCGACUCCGCGCUCUGCAUGGAAGAGACGAUCCUGAUACGCCCUACGGGUCACAUCUCGCAGCCCAUUUGGCGAUCGGGGCGCUCUUCCUUGGUUGCGGCACCGCGACCUUUGGCUCUAGCAACAAGGCAAUUGCUGCGUUACUGGUCGCCUUCUACCCGAUCUUCCCGGUCAAUGUUAUGGACAACCGGUCUCAUCUUCAGGCGUUUCGACAUUUCUGGGUACUGGCGGCCGAGCAGCGCUGUCUCGUGGCCAAAGAUGCUCUUACGGGGCAACCAGUUUCUGUACCUGUACAUAUCAAGAUGCGAGGCGGCUCUUCGAUUGAAUCGGUGCUGUACAGAACGACGCCGUGCCUACUACCCCCUCUUGAUCAAAUCUCGAGCGUGACUACUGCUGGGGGCCCGCAGUUCUGGGACGUUGAACUCGACUUUUCAAAUGAAGAAUUGAGAAAGUCCUUUGCGCAGACACAGAGCCUCUACCUUCGAAGGCGGCCACCCCGAGAAGGCGCGUUUACAUCCACUCUGAGAGCUCUUGGUGAGCAAGGAAAGGGCGAGAAUCCCUUGGAAUGGGUCCUCAACCUGGAUGCCUUGCGAGACCUGAGUUAUGCAGAGAAGGCAGCCCUGUUGGAUACCGGUGAUGAAGAGCAAGGCGGUAUCGGAAGCGCCGUUGAUGCAAGACUGGAAAUGGAGCGGGGAAUAGAGGAAGGCGGUGACAGAGAGCGCCUCGAGGGGGCGAGGCUGCUCUUCGCUUGGGGGGAUGCUCGAGAGAAUCUCCGGCAUUCGUCAUCAUCUAUGGCUGAUAGCCAGAGUACCGUCAAGGCGGCAAAAUCUCAGGAUGAGUCGACGGCCGCCGAGGAAGCUGCCGCGCAGCAUGACGAGACGGAGGACGAAGGGGAGGGUGUGUGGUGGAUGAGAGAUAGUGCUAUUGAGGCUCUCAAGGGAAAGGCAUGGAUGGUAGCCCGGCAGCACGAACAGUGA